CGCUGGGAUGCAGAGGACGCACGACUUGCUGCCAUGGAAGAGCAGGAAGACGUCACUAAGCAGGGCGAGCAUGCAAUGGCAGGCUUUUACGCGAAUCUCAACAAGAACAUCGCGAUGGGCGGCUCGACGAGCAAUGCGCGGAGUGCGUACACGGCCAAGGAGGCACGACAUGACGCGACAACUAGUGAGAAACCGGCUAGCGCUGAGCGUGAACAUGACGGCGAGACAGCCUCCAUAUCUCUUGACGAACCUGCAACCAAGAAGGCGAGAAGUAGUGAGCAACCAGACGAGGGUAGACAGUCUUCGCCAGCUCGUGACACUUCGCCUAAACGCAAGGAAGUUGCCGAGGCUUCAUCACCACGGAAAAAGGAGGCAAAAGCGAGCACGGAGGACGCUAUUGCCGCUGCUAGAGCACGUUUCUUGGCUCGAAAGGCGCAACGCAAAAGCUAA